AUGGCGAACGUGACAGACCUUCUGAUGGCCCUGGGCAGCCCAGAGCCUUCGAUUCGGGUGCCCGCAGAGACUGCGGUGAACAACGCCAAGGAGACCGACCUCGCCACCUUCAUGACUACAAUGCUGCAGGAGUUCCGUGAUGAAAACAAGCCGACGUUUGCCCGAAAUAUGGCGGGCACGCUGCUGAAGAACGCAGUGGCGCCAUCUUUUCGCGAAGUAGCGGCACGGCACGCGCUAGAGGAGCGGUGGCGGGCCCUGCCCGCGGAUGUGCGGCUUCAGGUAAAGAAUGAAGUGCUAAGCACUCUCGGCAGCCCCAAUCGAGAUGUACGCACAGUCGCCGCCAACAUUAUUGGCAGCCUGGCUCGCAGCGAGCUGCCUUCCGGGGAGUGGCCGCAGCUGAUGGGUAUCCUUAUCGGCGCAGCGAAGUCGGCCUCUGAGCAGCACCAGGAGGCGGCACUCACCGCCAUCGGCUACAUCUGCGAAGAGGGUAAAGAUCAUGAGGAGGUGGAGGAGGCUCUGAAACCAAGCACGACGGAGGUGCUUUCUGCGAUUGUCCAGUGCAUGGCAAGUGCCAACGAAGAUGUCAAGUUCAGCGCCACGAAUGCCUUGUGCAAUGCCAUGGAGUACAUUCACGACAACAUGGACGUCCCGGAGCAGCGCAACUACCUCGUGACGGCGCUGUGUGAGAUGGCGAACGCGUGUGCAACGGUGCGUACCCGAGAGCGCGCCAUGGAGAGUUUGGCCAAGGUCGCGGAGCUCUACUACUCGACGCUGCCGGACUACAUUACGCGCCUGCACGAAAUCACCACAAAUGCCAUUUUUCAUGACGAGGAGACGGUGGGCCUGCAGGCCAUUCAGUUUUGGAUCUCGAUCUGCGAGCUAGAGAGGGAUAUGAAGGAGGGUGGCGACAUGCUGUCAAGCCUGAACUACAGCACGCAGGGGCUGACGUUUCUUGUUGACAUAUGUACGCAGCUCCUCAUCCGACAAGAGGAGGACCAGACAGAGGACGACUGGAACCUCUCCGUGGCUGGCAGCAAGUUGCUGCAGAGCCUCGCUGAGGCCGUCGGUAUCCCCAUUCAGCGGCCCGUGAUGGAUUUCGUGUAUGCCAACAUCAACAGCACGGAGUGGCGCAAACGCGAGGCAUCUGUGAUGGCGUUUGGGUGUAUAAUUGGGGUCCAGGAGCCAGCGGCGCAGGAAGCCAUUCAGGAUACUGUGGCACAGGCGGUUCCCGGCCUCAUGGAGUACCUCCGCGACUCGAAAGAGAUGGUGGCGGACACGAGUGCGUGGGUGUUGGCGCUUGUGUGCGAGGGCUUUGUCGACAUCUUCCUGCAGACCCCUGAUCUGCUGCAGCGCUUAAUGAACGAUGUGGGGCCGAUGAUCGGUGGUGACAACGCGCGCAUGGGCAUUCGUGCAUGCCACAUCAUUUACAACAUCGCACUGGCGUACGCGGAUGAGGAGGAUCAGCAGACAAACGAGAUUUCGCGCUACUACAGCGAUCUCGUCGUCGUUCUUCUCCACGCUAUCGAUCAUGGCGCUACCAACGACUUCAAGAGCACUGCUCAAGAGACACUGAAUGCCCUCGUAGACGCGGCUGCCAAUGACUGCUCCAGUGCAUACCUGAUGCAACUGCCUCAGGAGCUGCUGGCACGCAUGGGUCCGCAGCUUAGCUUGUUGCAACACUCCAGUGGUGAGAACAUGGAAGCCGAGACGAUGAUGGGAUUGCUCUGUGGUGCGCUCUCGGCCCUUGCGCGCAAACUGAAGGAGGACUUUAUGCCCUUCCUAGACGCCUCCAUGCAAAUCAUCAUGCAGAUAGUCGAACUCUCUGCUGACUACGUGCAGCAGGAGGCCAUGACGGCCAUUGGCAGUAUUGCCUACGCUGCCAAGGAGCAGUUGGCGCCCUACCUGGCGAAGGUGAUUCCGCACGUACUGAAGUAUUUAAAGGCUUUCGAUGAACCAGAAGGCAUCUACGCUGUGGUGGCUACAAUGGGUGACCUCAGCCUCUCCUGCCGCGUCAUGCUGCAGCCUUUCGAGACCGAUAUCAUGAAUACGCUGUACGUCAACCUAACAAACACCGAGGUGGACCGUGAGCUGAAGUGCUCCUUUCUCAGCUGCUUUAGUGAUUUUAUUCUCAAUGUGCUGGGCAGCGAGCGUUUUAAGCCCUACAUGCCCGCGCUGCUGCCGCUGGUCGACCAACUCUUCCGUGCAAGCUGCGAGAUCGACAUCCGCGGCGACCCAGAGAGCGAAGCGUACGUGAUGAACCUCUGGGAGACGACGGCCUCCUUCUACUCCACCAUCACUCAGUGCUUCAAGAACACCGACAUCGAUGCGCUGGCGCCGUACAUGGCGAAUAUUUUGAGCUUUGCCCUUCACGCCGCCACGAAUGCCAGCGAGUUUGAGGAGACGCAGAUGGCGGCACUCAUGGUAAUUGGCGACACGGCAUCCGCUCUGUGUAACGUAUCUGAUCCACAGGUGCGGGCAGAGGCGAAGCAGGCGCUGCUGACAGACGCCGUGAAUGGGAUUCUGAAUCAAGUACUGCGUAGCAGUACCUCUGAGGACACCAAGAAGCAUAUGAAGUGGAUCCGGAAUCAGCUGACCCACCUCCAGCGCUCGUGA